AUGAAUUUGGAAAUUUUUCUCCUUAUUUUCUUUUUGGAUGCUGCGUUGGGGCAGUUUUUCCCUGACCCGGUGACUUUUGAAAACUCUCAAAUUCAUCGAAAAAGUUCGGAAUCGCAAUACAAAUACCGUGAAGAAUAUGUCAAAGUUCCAAUUGAUCAUUUCACAUACAGAAAUGAUUUGGAAUUCAAUUUGAGAUAUUUAAUCAAUACUGACAGUUUCAAAAAAGGUGGACCAAUUUUGUUUUAUCCGGGAAAUGAAGGAAAAAUUGAGAAAUUUGCGGAUAAUACGGUAGGUCUCGAAGUGAACAACGUAGAAGAUUUUAGGUGGGGUUUUCAAAAUGAAUUUCAGGGUUUCAUGUUUGAUUUGGCACCUGAAUUAAAUGCAGCCGUGGUUUUUGUCGAACAUCGAUAUUAUGGAAAAUCAAAACCAUUUGGUAAUGAGAGUUAUUCAAAUAUCGAGAAUUUGGGAUAUUUUUCGAGUGCGCAAGCAUUGGCAGAUUUCGCAUUUGUAGUUCAACAUUUGAAAAAUGGGGUGAGUAUGUAUUCAGAAAAUUAGGUUGGAAGUUAUUGCCUAUUCACAUUUCUCAAUUUCUAGAAAACCAUCCCGGGCGCUGAUAAAAACACAGCUGUCAUAGCUUUUGGUGGAUCUUACGGUGGACUUCUAGCAGCUUGGUUACGUAUCAAAUAUCCGCAUAUUGUUGAUGGAGCACUUGCAUCAUCUGCUCCUUCGCUUGAUUUCAAUUUAAAACCGACAGACUUUACAAAGGUUACAACUCGAACUUUUGUUGAUGCUGGUUGCAAUCGGAAAGCGAUCGAAAAAGGUUGGAAUGUUAUGGAUAAAUUAGCCAAAACUAAAGCUGGAAGAGCAAAAUUGAAUAAGAUUUUCAAACUGGAUCCAAAGAAGUCUUUAAUUUUGAAAAAGGAAGAUGUUGAUUUUUUGAAAGGUUAUGUCAAAGGGGCGUUUAUUAUAAUGGCUUUUGUAGAUUAUCCAUAUGAGACACAAUUUUUGGAAAAAGUUCCCGGUUGGCCGGUUAAAAAAGCUUGUGAGAAGGUUAGAAAGGUUGAGAAGAGUGAUGAGAAAACAAUGGAGCAGAUGUAUGAAGUGAGUUGGAAGGUUACAAAAAAGUCCAACUAUAUUUUUUCAGAUUGCAAAUCUAUACUUUAAUUACACAGGCGAUAAGAUGUUUCAUUGUGCCAAUCAUGAAAAAUGUGACGGUGGCUUUUCGUCUCUUGGAGAUCCAUUAGGUUGGUCAUGGCAAUCAUGCACUGAAGAAAUUGGUCAAAUGUGUCCAGAUGGUCCACCAAAUGAUUUUUUCUGGAAAACUUGUCCUGACACUCUUGAGAAACAACUAGAAGGAUGUUUAUCUACGUAAGUUCAGACACAGUAGUCCUAUGGAAAACUGUUUUUUUUUAGAUUCUCACAUCUUGGCUACAAAAAAUCAAUGUUCCACCCCAACAUCGUUUCUCAUAAUUAUGGUUUAUCAACAAUGCCAACUGCAACUAAUAUCAUAUUUUCGAACGGUUAUUUAGAUCCUUGGUCAGCUCAUGGAUAUUCAAAGAAAAAUGUGUUAAAAGGACCGAUAAAAUCAAUAAUUUUGAAAACUGGAGCACAUCAUUAUGAUUUGAGAGGAGCACAUAAAUUGGACACGAAAGAAGUAAAACAAGUUCGGAUUUUUGAAAAAAAUGAGAUCAAAAAAUGGAUCAAGGAGAAAAAGAUAAAGAAGAAUUGAAUUUUUAUUGAUGAAUAAAGUGUUGAAUGCUCUGAUGUUUUUAUGUCAAGUUAGCAGAAGUUCUCAUCAAACUUAAUGUAGAACUGAUUAGAAAAUAGCAGAAAUUGGAACUUCCGCGUACGAGGGUAUAUGUUUAGUUUUGCACGAUUUUGUUGAACUUUGUAUCAUUUAAUAAAUUUGAUUACAUUUGAACUUUUCUAUAUAAAAAUUGUUGAUUCGAUUGUUUUUUCAUUCUUCCAAAAUAUGAAUUUGGAAAUAUUUCUUCUUAUUUUCUUAUUCGAUUUUGCAAUUUCAUACCAGCAAUUUUUCCGAGAUCCUGUGACUUUUGAAAACUCUCAAAUUCAUCGAAAAACUUCGGAAUCGCCAUACAAAUACCGUGAAGAAUAUGUCAAAGUUCCCGUGGAUCAUUUCACAUACAGAAAUGAUUUGGAAUUCAAUUUGAGAUAUUUAAUCAAUACCGACAGUUUCAAAAAAGGUGGACCAAUUUUAUUAUACACAGGAAAUGAGGGAAAAAUUGAGAAAUUUGCGGAUAAUACGGUAUGCUUUGAAGGAAACAUAUUAUUUUCAAAUUUAGAUACAUAUAGGGUUUCAUGUUCGAUUUGGCACCUGAAUUAAAUGCAGCCGUGGUUUUUGUCGAACAUCGAUAUUAUGGAAAAUCAAAACCAUUUGGUAAUGAGAGUUAUUCAAAUAUCGAGAAUUUGGGAUAUUUUUCGAGUGCGCAAGCAUUGGCAGAUUUCGCAUUUGUAGUUCAGCAUUUGAAAAAUGGGAAAACAAUUCCUGGAGCUGAUAAAAAUACAGCUGUCAUAGCUUUUGGUGGAUCUUAUGGUGGAAAACUAGCUGUAUGGUUGCGUAUAAAAUAUCCGCACAUUGUUGAUGGAGUAAUUGCAUCAUCUUCUCCGUCGCCAGAUUUUGGCGAUUCAAAACCAACCGAUUUUUACAAAAUUACAUCCCGAACUUUUAUUGAUUCUGGUUGCGAUCGGAAAGCGAUUGAAAAAGGUUGGAGAGUAAUGGAUAAGUUAGCGAAAACCGAAACUGGAAGAGCGAAAUUGAAUAAGAUUUUCAAAUUGGAUCCAAAGAAGUCUUUAAUUUUGAAAGAGGAAGAUGUGGAUUUUUUGAAAGGGUACGUCAAAGAGGCGAUUAUUAUAAUGGCUUUUGUGGAUUAUCCAUAUGAGACACAAUUUUUGGGAAAAGUUCCGGGUUGGUCAGUAAAAAAAGCUUGUGAGAAGGUUAGAAAGGUUGAGAAAAGUGAUGAUAAAACAGUGGAACAAUUGUAUGAGGUGAGUUGGAGAAAUUGUGAAAAAUAUUCGAACAGAUUUAUUAUAUGAAUUGCAAAAUAAUCACAUCACCUGUCCAAUUGAUUUUAAUUCUUUGUAGAUCGCAAACCUAUACUUCAAUUACACAGGUGAUAAACAUUUUCAUUGUGUCAAUCGUAACAAUUGUGACGGUGGCUUUUCGUCUCUUGGGGAUCCACUCGGAUGGCUUUUUCAAGUAUGCACUGAAGUUAUUAGAGAAUUGUGUUCAGAUGGUCCACCAAAUGAUAUUUUCUGGAAAACUUGCCCAGACACUUUUGAGCGAAAGCGAGAAGCAUGUUAUUCCACGUGAGUUUUAAUACUAAUAUGUACAUAAAUUGAUCUAUCGAAUAAAUAAUUUUUAGAUUCUCACAUCUUGGCUACAAAAAAUCAAUGUUCCACCCUAACAUCGUUACUCAUAACUAUGGUUUAUCAACUAUGCCAACCGCAACUAAUAUCAUUUUUACGAACGGUUAUUUAGAUCCUUGGUCAGGUUAUGGAUAUUCGAAGAAAAAUGUGUUAAAAGGACCGAUAAAAUCAAUAAUUUUAAAAACUGGAGCACAUCAUUAUGAUUUGAGAGGAGCACAUGAAUUGGACACUAAGGAAGUUAAACAAGUUCGGAUUUUUGAGAAAAAUGAAAUUAAGAAAUGGAUCAAGGAGAAAAAGAUAAAGAAGAAUUGA